AUGCCUGCAAGCAGCUUUGUGAGUGGUGGGACACGCAAUCAAAGUUUCAACUCUUCCAAUUCAUCGCAUUCUAAACGUUCUAAAACGCUAUCGUAUCGUACAAUAAGUAGACAUUCCAACGUUGAUGAAAACUUAUUUGGAGUCCCCUCUUAUGUGCAAAAACAACAGAGCAAUCUAACGGAUCAGAAUAAUGUUGAUGUGAAAGCAUCUGAUAACAAGGCAAAAGUAUUUGGACCAGGUUUAUUACGGGAAGACUAUGAGCGAGAGAAAGAAAACCAUCAAAGAAAAAAAAUAAAACAUCUUACAUCCGAUUUAAUCCGCGAUAUCAUAAUACCUUCAGAUAACGUUAGCGAGAAAAUGAUCCCCAUAUCACUAGAAAUAUACAAUGAACAUAUCCAAAAGGAUAAAGUAUUGCCAAACAAGGAGGAACGCACUGGUACUGAACAAGAUGUAUCUGCAUAUAGAAUACUUCUGGAAGAAGUGGAGCAACGUAAACAGAAAAUGCGUGAAUUUGACUUGAAUCGUGUGCGCAAUGAACGGCUUACAGAUUUGGAGGAAGAAGCAAAGAAACAAGCGGAAAGUUUGCUACAAAAAGCUUUGGAACAACGACAAGAUCAAGAAGAUGAGAUAAAAGCCCUGAAUGAAUGGAUAUUAAAUGCUAAAAUACAAGCUAUAAGAGAUGAACAAAUUUUAGAAAAAGAGUUAAUUAAAAAAGAAAUGGCUGAAGAGGAACUACGCUUGGAUAAUAUGAUGGAGUUAGAAAGACAAAAUGCUAUACACAUACAGGAAGAGAUAGAUAAGAAACGUAAAGAGCAGGAAAAACUUGGAGCUUGUAGAGUUUUAGAACAAAUCGAAGAGAAUAAACUAGAUCGGUUGAUGGAAUUAGAACGAAUUGAACAGGAGAGUAUUUUAGAAACACAAAGAAUAGCUGAUCAGAAUAUGAAAGAGAUUGCUGAAAGAGAGAAGAAAAAACAAAUUCAAGAGAAAAUUAAAAUAGAAUUAGAUAUAGCUAAUGAGGAAUUAAGAAAACGACGAGAGGUUGAAAAGGAAAAAGAUCGUCUACUGAAUUUGAAGAUAAAGCAGAUUCAAGAUGAAAAAGCGGAACGUGAAGCUGCUUAUGAAGCUGAACAAUUGCGUAUUAAACGUGAGAAAGAACUAGAAAUUGCACGUUUACGUGCAUUACAAGAAAGAGCAUCGGAUGAGGCUGCAGAACGUGAUGCGUUGAGAGCUAAGCGUGCAGCCGAAGCCAAUGAAAGAGAAUGGAGACGUAAAGAAUUAUUAGCUGAGAAGAAAAAAAUUGAAACAGAAAAUGAAUUGAAAUUAGCUAGAGCAGCACAAGCUGAAGACAAAAAGCGUCAUUUAGCAAUUGAAGCUGCUCGUGAAAGACAUGAAUUCGAAAGAAUUUUAAGUUUCAAUGACAAAAGAAAAUUGAUGGUCGACGGGAAACAUUCGCAAUUUUUCACAGCAUUCCCACCUUCGGAAACAAAGUUAUCCUUAACAUGGUGUAGCAAGAGUUCAAUAAUUCAGCUUUUGAAGAAUAAUCCUGUAACAACAAAAGAGAAACUUGAACUAUUUCCUCAAGUUGAUGGAAUGUCACGUGUUGAUAAGGGGGCCAGAAAAGAACGAUUUAGAGGUACCACGGGACGGCUUAUGGGAGCUGUGCCUCAAAUUCCGCCACCGUCACCUAUGCGCUGGAAUGAAGAAAAAUCUGCAUCCGAGAAAAUGGUAAUCAAUGAUUGCCGUCGACAAAUUAUCCAUUCCAUAAACACUAAUCAAAUAACAAUCAUAUCAGGACCUCCUGGAAGCGGAAAAACCACCUAUUUGCCUCAGAUUUUAAUGGACGAAUGUUACAAAAACGGUCAUCGUUGUCGUAUAAUAUGCUCACAACCAUAUCGUCUGUUUGCUCAUAUAAAUGCUGAACGAUUAGCGCAAAUACGAGGAGAAAAUGUUGGUCAAACAAUCGGCUAUCAAAUCCGACUAGAAUCUAAGGUUUCUCCGAAAACUUUGCUAACAUUUUGUACACAUGGAGUGCUAUUAAGGACAAUAUAUUCAGAUUCAAGAAUUAUGAUUGGUACAACACAUAUUAUAGUAGAUGAAAUAGAAGAAGAUGAAAUACCAGAAAAUGUACUUUUAACAAAAUUGAUUAAUAAUGAGCCUAAACUAAUGACAACUACAGAUAAUAAUGGUAAAACAGAUAAAAUAUGGUUUGCUGAUAAUCCAGAAGGAGGCUGUGGUAUUUUAUUGGCAGUUAUACCUUCUCUUCUGACUCAAUAUCAACAUUUAAAAGUAAUUCUCAUUAUUAAUUCUCGAUUAUCUACGAAUAAUGUUUGGCAUGAAAACAAACUUAAUGAGAUAAUAAGCAAUCCGAUGAAUUUAAUAAACGUUUCCAAUUCUGUUCCAAUGAUGUGUUGCAAAGUUCAUAGUGCUGCUACCACAUUAUACAAAAAUGAAAUUUCAGCGAUAAAUCUUAAAGACCAAUUAAUAAAGCAACCAAAAUUCAAUUUGAUCACUAAUCGUUUUGAUAAACUCAGUCCAGUUACAUUGUCGUCAAUAGAUAAUAACCCUUAUCCAGGUUUUCCAGUAGUGGAGGAUAAACCACCGGUAGCAGACAUACAGAAUGAUAUUUCAUUUAGAAAUAUAGCCCAUAGACCAUUACAAGGAUUCAGUAAAUAUUAUAAUGGAGCCCCAAUAAUUAGUAUACCGUAUCAUGCAAAACAAGUAAAAGUUUAUCAUCUAGAAGAUAUUUUAGAAUGGACUCAUUAUUCAACUUCCCAAAUGAAUGAAGCAUUAGGAAACAUGGAUCAAGAUUAUGUACGAUGUCAUAAUAUGUAUUUUUGGCUUACAACUAAAGAAUAUGAUAAAUAUAUUUCCAGCGAGUAUCAUAUGAGUUCAACUAAAAGAACAAAUUUAGUCAAUGCAGUUGAAAAUGAAAUGUUCAAAAUGUCCCUAUCUAAUACUGUUCUAAAGAAACCUUCUGUGUUUGCUGAACAUCCAGGUACAUUUCGUUUGAGCUCUGAACAAGUAUCGAAUCAAGCAGACGAAUGUGCAGAAGUCUAUUCAACAAUUUUCGCAAAGGAACAUGCAAACAACUUACUAUGGAGUAUUUGGUGUGGCACAGUUCUUGAUUCCAAUAGAGACAAAACAAACAAACAUCAUAUGAGGAAAAUUGAUCAAAUGGAAAUCACUGACGGUACAAAUUCAUGUCUGACAAAUUUACUUCAGUGUAUUUUAGCUGGUUGGAUUUCUGUUGAUUAUGAACAUUCGAAUUCUGGUCUUACUCCAACAAUGGUGUGUUCUGCUGUUGGUCUCUUGGAGGCUGUUAAAUGUCUAUUACGUCAUGGAGCUAAUCCGUUUAUACGUGUACCUAUACCAUAUGAACCUUUGAUUGCAUUAGCUUGUAAACAAUGUGAAGGAGAUUUUCAACUACUUGGUCCAAAAAAUCGAAAAAUUACAGUCAUAGAUGAAAAUUAUACUAUUGUAGGAGUUACUGCUUACGAUUUAGCACGUAUAUUUAAUAACAACGAAGUUGCAAACUUACUGAAAACUUAUAUGAUUACUUCAAGCCUUCGAUAUGAACCUGAAAACUGGGAGGCUAUUCUACUAAGAUUUGGUUCUUGGUUUCAAAGUCCAAUAAGCAAGUCACAAUUUGACAAUUUGACUUUUGAUGACCAUCAACUGUCUGCGAUUGAUUUAGGCAGUUUGGAACAAACAAAGGUAUCUAUUAAUUCGCAAAAAUUCUGCAGUAAAUUACUUUCAUCCUAUCAAUUAGCUAGAAACAAUAUGGAACCAGAAACGGUAGUUGAUUAUGAUCUCCUAAUAGAAUUAAUUGUGAAAAUUGACAGUUCGUUGCCAAGAGGUACAAUAUUAGUAUUUCUACCAUCUUACGAGGAAAUUAUAACAGUGAGAGGAAGAUUACUGGAUCCUGAAACAUCUCCGUGGAAAUCACCACACAAGCCACUAGUAUUAAUUCUUCAUCCACGAAUGGUUGUUGCUGAUUUGAAAACAAUAUAUAGUCAGUCUUCAAGCUCACACCGUAAAGUAAUACUUUCAUCAAAUAUCGCAGAGUCAUCCAUUACCUUUGAUGAUGUGGCUUAUGUUAUCGACUGUGGAUUGAACUGUGUGGAAGAGUUCCUUGAUUGGACGCAAACUACAUCGUUAAGAAACAAAUGGAUAUUAAAAUCAAACGCAAUUCAAAGACAAACUAGAGUUGGCGAAAAUAUCAACGGCGUAUGUUUUCGUUUGUACAGUAGCUUACGUUUUAUUACUCUUCCUGAACAACGAUAUGGCAGUUUAAGUGGGCAUGUAGUUGAGGAGGCGUGUAUUCAAGCUCGACUGCUUGCACCGCCAAACAUCUCCAUACCAACAGUAUUGAGUAUAUUGCCAAAACCACUUUCACCUAAAUCUUCUGAGAAGGCUAUCAAAACACUAAAAGAAAUGGAUGCAUUGGACAAUUUGGAAGAAUUAACUGAACUUGGUUACCAUAUAUGUGAUAUGCCUAUACCGCCUCAUUAUGCUAAAAUGGUUCUGUACAGUGUUGUAUUAAAAUGUCUUGAUCCAAUUCUUACAAUAGCAUGUAUACUAGCCUACACAGAGCCAUUUACACUACCUAGGAAUUCUGUUGAACGACGAGAGUUAUUGAAUGUUCGAAUGAGUUUAUCUUCAGAUAGUUAUAGCGAUCAUAUGGUUUUAUUAAGAGCUUUCCAGUUUUGGCAAAAAUCUCGUUCAGAAGGAUGGGAAAAGGCGUUUUGUCGAAAAAAUUUUAUAUCUUCUGCAGCUUUUGAAGUUAUUAUCGCUAUUCGAACUCAAAUACUGGGGCAACUUAGAGCUUCCGGUUUCGUAAAAACCAAAGGAAGUGGAGACAUUCGAGAUCUUAACAGUAAUUCCGAAAAUUGGGCUGUUGUCAAAGCUGCGAUUGUAGCUGGUAUGAAUGGAAAUAUAGCUCAAAUAGAUAGAAAAAAUUCGUGCCUGAGAACAUUAAACAAAGAUUCAUUACCGAUUGUGCUUGAUCCUCAGUCUGUGAUUGCUACAAAUGCUGAUGGAGCAGAAAUAAAUGUGAAUAAUUUACCUUGUGAUUGGCUAGUUUUUAAUGAAUUAUUUACUUUAACCGAUGCAAGGCUACACAGUUCUCCCAAAUUCACCAAUACUGAUCAUACCAUCGCAAAGGAACUAAGUAUCAUACGAUGUGUAAGUGUCGUCUCGCAAAUUACUAUAGCUCUGAUGGGCGGAUCGAUUGGAGUAUUUCCACGAAUAGUAAAAGAAACCAAUUCGAGUGUAAAUGACGUGAAUCUAAAAGCAUCUUCUGAAGAAUUACAAAAGCAUGAGUGUGAAAACUUAGUUAACCGACGAGGAAUUUGUAGUGGUAUAAGCAACAUUAACGAAAACUAUGACAUCAUGACAUGUGUGAAUCCACAAGACAAAUUUGAAAAUGAUUUAAACGCUAAUUCUGUUUCAGAAAUUAAUCAGAUUAUCAAAUCAUUUUUGAUAACCAAUAGUCACCUAUUAUCGCCAUGUAUUCAUCAAAAUACCCGUGAAGCUCUACUUUCAAUCAUACAGCAAAAAGCAAUUAAACAAAAUUUAUACAAUAUAAUGUCGAGCUCAGAUACAAUGAGUUCUAGUUUUAAAAGUUUGGAAUUAAAUGAUUCUGCUUCAACAAUGCUAACAAAUUUUAAACCUAUGCAAAUCUCAGAUUGUUCAGAUCAUGUCAAAUCACUGCAUCUACGAAAGCAAACUAAGAUUAAUGAUCCAUCGAUGGAACUAUCAAAUAUGACGUCAUCGUCAUUAACAAACGACCAAAACAAUGAUAUCGUCUCCUUUUAUGUAGACCCAGAUGGAUAUCUUCGAUUUACUUUAAGUGCAAUUGAAGCUCUUAUGGUGACAGAAUUACGACAAAAAUGGCAUGCUUUGCUUUUACGUCGUUUGAAAAAUCCAGGGAAGCAAUGUUCUCAUGAAGACGAGGCAGUUUUAAACUGUUUAAUCAAUGUUUUAACCAAUGAAGAAAAGGCAAUAGGAUUACGCCAACCAUUCGGUGUUGGAGCACGUCCUCGUCCUAUGGCAGUAGAACUUUAUAAUCAGGUUGAUGACACUCAAAGUAUCGGUUGUAAAGGUGUGAAAGUAGUCAGUGAACAGCCUCUGAGUAAUAGAUAUGGAUCAAAUGUUUGCAUCACUGCAAAAAAUAACACCACUAUACCGAUAUUUUUGUCAAACACUAGCCUGAUAAAACAAAAUAAUGUCAUAUAUAACUAUUCUGUAAUCACAAAUCCAAAAUUACUACCACAAGUUUUAAGCACCAAUGAUUUAAACAAACUCAGUGAACAGUAUUCACUUCAAGCUUACAAAGAGGAUACUAAUUUAAGAAUAUACGAUCCAAUCAACCAAAUAAACUUUUCAAGCACAGAAAGAUGGAAAUAUCAGCUCUCUUCGAAUACGACUGAGGAAAUCGAUUCAACGUCCAUCUGUCAACCACCAAAAGCAGGUACUUCAUUACCAGAAGGCAACAACACUUCACAGGUAACAUCAAAAUUAUACAGUUCAAGAACGAAAUAAAUCCAAUUACUAUUUAUGUCUGUGUCUGAAUUUAUCCCAUUAAUAAACUGUAUAAUUCACACAACAUUCACACAAUAACAUAACACACAAUAACACAUAACAUAUCAAUAACAUAACAAUAACACAAUAACACAAUAACAUAACAAUAACACACACAAUAACAUCAUUGUUCGUGAUUAACUGUAUUCAUCUGCCCAACUUCCAUUUGUUCAUGUAUU